CUCGACAUGCCGAACUAAGCAAUCCAUAUUGCGGACCAAUUCUACCGUUGAUAUAUAAUAAAUAGCUACUUGCAUGUCGGAUAGUAGUGCUUUGUCUACUAUUGAUUAAUAAUGUUAUCGAUUACACAUAUCUGAACAAAUCAGGCAAUCUUUUAAAUAAAAUAAAAUAUAUUAUGUGGAUGACUCUUCCCUCCAACUAAUAUAUUGGAAAACAUAAGAUCCAAAUUAUAUUUACCAUCAAACAAAAAAAAUUAAUAUAUAAUACGUCUUUGUCGAAUAAAUAAGGCUCUUUUGUCAUUUUCUAUUUUACAAAAUAGUAAAUUAAUGUAGUUUUGUUUUUAUUUAUUCACAUUUUAUUAGGUCAUCCAUGAUCCAACUACACACCAGCCCAAGACUAUUGGAGGAUCCAAGUCUUCCCUCUCUCAACCACGAAGAUACCUUUCUUAUGAAGGAUGUAAGCCUUUAUAUGAUACAUAUUUUUUGUAACUAUAAUUCAUAUGUAUUCCCUUCUUGUUAAUUGCUAUGUAUACCUCGUUCUCUUUUCAAAUCACAGAUUCUAUAAAACAUAAAUACAAAGCAAAAUCAAGUUCAAAUAAAAAAAACAACGGGAAAAAUAAAUGAAGAUUUCAUUUUUAUGACCACUUCAGUUAGAUUUUAAUCUACAUUUUAGUCCAUAUUAAUGACAAAACCCCACUGAUAAAGACAGCUUUCCAUCCCCCUUUUUUAGCGUAAACUCGCAUUUUUAUUGGCUAAACAUAGAAAUACACCAACUUGGACUACAUCAUUUAAGUUGUUGCAUCCUCCAAUAAAUAAACUUCGCCUAUCCAAUCAUCUUCUAUCUCUAUGCUCUCCACCAUUCUACAUAAACCCCAAAAUCUCUCCUCAUCAUCAACAUAGUCUCUUUCUUUCUCUUUCCUCUUGCUUAUUCAUUGCAAUGGGCAGGAAAUGCUCACACUGUGGAAGCGUAGGACAUAAUUCAAGAACAUGUUUUUCCAACAAAACCAGAGUCAUUAAGCUCUUUGGUGUUCAUGUAGACACCACAGGCUCUUCACCACCACCAGGUCCCAGUUCUCCUCCACCUUCGUCAAUUUUGGCUGCCGCAAUGAAGAAAAGUUUUAGCAUGGAUUGCUUACCCGCAUGUUCCUCCUCUUCCUCUUCCUUCGCCGGUUAUCUCUCCGACGGUCUCACCCACAAAACACCCGACCGCAAAAAAGGGGUUCCAUGGACGGAAAAAGAGCACCAGAUGUUUCUAAUUGGAUUAGAGAAGCUUGGUAAAGGAGAUUGGAGAGGAAUCUCUAGAAACUUCGUCGUCACAAAAUCUCCGACACAAGUGGCAAGUCAUGCUCAAAAAUACUUCAUUCGUCAAGCCACCACUCUCCAUCACAAGAGACGCCGCACUAGCCUCUUCGAUAUGGUUUCGGCCGGCAACGUUGAAGAAAAUAGUUCCAUUCCAUGUAAUGAUGAUGAUCACACUGGGUCGCCCACAGAGGCUGUUUGGAAACAAGGAUUGACUGAUCCUUGUCUCGGACAUCCAGAUCCUGAAAUAUCCGUGUCGGGUAACACCGGUGGACUCGAUCUUGAUCUGAAGCUUGCGUCUCAUCAGUCUUCCAAAUCGAAUAUUAGACCUAUAAGCGUUACGUGAAAUACAUAUAACUCGUUAAAUAAUGGGUGUAAUUAGAAUAACUAAAAUGCUUACAUAUAUCAACCAUCGAUCCUAUCUAAUUUGAUUCUGGUCCAUCUUAGUUUUGGUGAAUAUUUCUUUAUCAUUGUGAGAUUUUUGCCUUGCGUCCACAUUUAUUUCUAUAAGCAAUGAUAAAGUUUUUUUUUCAAUGAUAAAGUUUUUAACCA